CAAAGCUUGUCAGACCCUGUUUGUGCUUAUCUUCAAUUCAAUGAAAGCGGUGGUCCUAAUAUCUGGUCUACCGAAGGCUGCUCGCUGACCUCCUUUGACAGGAACACUGGCAUUGUGACAUGCACGUGUAGCCACCUGACUAACUUCGCCGUGCUGAUGAGUCCAGCGGCACACGCUCACAGCACUGCUUUGGGGAUGUUCUCUAUCAUAGGAUGUUCUAUUUCAAUAGUCGGCCUUGCUCUUACCAUCAUCGUACAUCUUGUGUUCUGGAGAACGCUCUCGUCAGACCGGACUAUUGUGCUUAUGAAUGUAUGCCCUAUAUUCUUAAUGGGCUAUAUUGUGUUUCUGACCGGAAUCGAGAAAACAUCAAAUUCGACUGUAUGCACAGUCAUCGCUGUGGUCCUGCACUACACGUUUCUCGUCGUGUUUUUUCUGAUGUUGACCGAGGGAGUCAUGAUCACCUACCUGGUGCUUAGCCCGUUCCGAAAACGGCGCAUUGUUAUGCCGUUAAUCAUGGCUGCAUACGGUACAAUGUUGAACGUAUCACAUGUCAGAUAAACCGUUGUAAGAUGAUCACUCCAUUCCAGAAACAUGGAGUCGUGGUUCCUUUGUUAUUUGAUGAAUAUACUAUCACAUUACGAUCAGUCAUACGGUUUGAGUGUGGUCGGCGAUACCAUUUAGUUGUUUUUACACAUUUAUAAAAUCUCAAAUAACGAUGUGAUAUGAACUAUUUAAAAAAUCAUUUCUAUGUUAAGAGAUAUCGUGUGUGUUUUCCGUCAUGUUUUGUGAGUCUUCACUUAUCUGAAAUACAAGACUAGCGGAUGGUAACAAACGUUUCUCUUCGGGAAUGUGAUUGAACAUUCAUGUUCAUAGAUUGUGUUUAAUUACCAUUCUAAUUAUAUUUUAGCCAUUCCACUUCUGAUAGUUGGAAUUUCGAUGGGCGUCACACGGCUAAAAGGAUACGGAAACGAGUCAUUUUGCUGGUUGACGGUCGAUAGUGGUUUAUUUUGGGCGUUUGCUGGACCAAUCAUUGUUGUCGUCGUUGGUAAUAUUGUAAAUCUUGUGAUUAUCCUGAAGUUUGGAGUCUUUGGCAUUUCUGCUAUGGCAAAGAAAUCGGAUCUGGAAAAAAUCAAGGCGGGCGCAAGGAGUGUUGGUGUGCUGACUCCCAUGUUUGGUAUCACGUGGCUUAUCGGCGUAUUUGCAGUCAAUGACACCACAUCGGUCUUCCAGUGGUUAUUCGUCAUACUGAACUCCCUACAGGGUCUAAUGAUAUUUAUUGUUAAGUGUCCACUGGACAAAAAGGUUCAAAAAGCCUUCAAUGAGAAACGCCGACGAUUGUUUUAUGUUGAAAGUAGCACUUCUGAAGAAAACACCAAAAACGAAAAAUACAAUUACAAGAUAACCUGGAUGCAGAUGCGAAGCAGAUGGGCAAGACGUGGGAACAGCUCGAAAGAAUCGCCCAGAGCCGAAACUUCUGGAGGAGACUUGUCGGCAGCCUAUGUCUCAGACGGGACCACAUGCGAAGUUGAGAUGAGAUACUAAGAUACAAUACCUGCAUCAUCUGUUUGAGUCAAAAUACUCCGAGGCUUUACCAAUCUUACAAUAUGUAGAGUUAGUUUAUUUGUAUCUUCGGUAUAAAGUAUUUAUAAUACAAGUUCAUUUAACCGUUAUAAUUAUUGUACUGGCCUUACAAGAUUCCAAUCAUGAUUUAACAAUGAUCUGAAUGUAACAGCUGUAUGAUGCUAUGUAUCUUCUGCUUUUAAACGGUUUGGUUGAUACUUGUCUGAUUUCAUUCUAUCUUGCCUCAGACGGUUUGGUUGAUACUUGUCUGAUUUCAUUCUAUCUUGCCUCAGAGAGUUACGGUUCUUGUGCUCUGAUCUGAUUACAACAAGUGAGCAGUUAAAAGUAAUUACAUUGAAAUGUAUUCUCUUUUAUAGCUUUUUUCUUUGAAUAGUUAUGGUGUAAAUGUAUGUGAAUGAUAUCCUGUAUAAUGAGUAUUUGUGUGUGCGUCCUUGUUUACGCCUUCUUUGUUUUGUUUGUUAAGUAAAUGUGUGUUAAAAAUAAUGCAUUAUGUAUUGAUAGGUAGGAUUAUUCCUCUUAAAUUAAAUGUAUUUCAUCUAUGUAUGCUGGCGACUAUUUGCUUUAGCUGUAUAAUCAGUAUUUUGUGUGAGCUUUUGUUUUACUCCCUUUAGGUUUUGUUUGUAGAGUAAAUUUACGUUAAAAUUAAUGCAAUAUGUAUUGAUAAGUUUGAGUACUCCUCUUAAAUAUUAUUAUUAAGGUUAAUAUGAAUUUAUAUUAUUAUUACAGUUAAUAUGUAUUUCCUGUUGUAAAUUAUUUAUUGAAACUACUUAUGUAAUCAUUAUUUAAAUAGUUGUGUAACCUCGCUUUCUCAUAAUUUCAUGUGCUUGUUAUAAUCAUGUAUAUAUGUCUAUUACUGUAGUUAUUAUAUUGCCUGUACUCAAAUGUGUCCACAUGGGCCAUUGGUCUUCUGGAAAUGAUGUAAAUAAAAUCUCUGAAUCUUUUUUAAUGUAAAUUUUGAUGUAUACUUGAAUCUGGUGUUGUAAAUAAUUUUUUGGCAAGUGUGAGGUUUGAAUCGAUUUAUACCCAUAUAAGUGCUUUUGGAUUGCAAUGUUCCAAGGUUGUAACCCCAGUGUUCAUCAUGUCUGUGCAUACCAUAUUACCCAGGGGCGGCUAACCCCAGUGUUCAUCAUGUCUGUGCAUACCAUAUGUACCUGUGUCUGUUGUCUAGUUUGCUUGUUUAAUGUCCAACUGUUUGACUAUUUGUUCUUUUUCAUAAAUAAAUAAACGCAUUAUAUAAUAAUGGUUUUCAUUCCUGCUGGUGCUGCUGCAGUGUCACCUUAUGCUUAUUAUGUUAAUGCUUAUAUUCAAUACAUAUCGGUGUCAUUCUAAAAUGUGUUGUUGUAUAUAAACUUGCAUGGCAUUUGAAAAGUUGGUGUAUUUAAAUGAGACACAAGUAGUUAUUGGAAAAGAUUUCAAUGUAUAGUUUUAUAAUUAAUAAUACCACAUUCUAAUAUUUCCACUUGUUCAUGUCAACAAGCGCUAAUAUAUACUAUGAAUUGACAAUUGUAUUGAAACCUGCUAGCUGAUCAUUUACAUACAUGUACAUCCCUUUGUA